CUCAAGGCCUGCCCGCGGCUCCAGCCCCGCUACUACACGAUCUCGUCGUCGGCCGUCGCGGACCCGGGACGGGUCCACGUGACGUGCGCCGUCGCCACGCUGCCGCCCGACGGCGCCAAGGCCGGCGUCUGCUCCGCGACGCUCGCGGGCGCCGCCGUCGGCGCCACCAUCCGGGCCUUCGUGCGGCCGUCGUCGUUCCGCGCGCCGCCGGCGGGCAAGCCCGCGCCCGUGGUCUUGAUCGGGCCGGGCACGGGCGUCGCGCCCAUGCGCGCCAUCCUCCGCGAGCGCGCCGCGGCGCUGGCGGCCGGCGACGAGACCGCCGCCUGGGGCAGCGCGCGCGUGUCCCGCGCGACGCUCUAUUUCGGCUGCAAGCGGCCGGACCUCGACCACCUCUAUUCCGAGGAAAUGGAAGCCUGGCGCGCGGGCGGCGCGCUCGACGCGCUCCACGUCGCCUACUCGCGGGCCCAGAAGCACAAGGUCUACGUCCAGGACCUGCUCCGCCGCGACGCCGACGCCGCGGCGCUCGCCGCGGACGUCCUCGACGGCAAGGGCCACGUCUACGUCUGCGGCGGCACGGCCAUGGGCGCCGCCGUCGCCGAGGCCCUCGCCGACGUCCUCGCGCCCAAGCUCGGCUCGCGGAGCGACGCCAAGGCCUACGUCGACGACAUGCAGAAGACCGGCCGCUACGUCCAGGAGCUCUGGGCCUAG